AUGUCCAGCUCAAAACGUGAUAGUGAGCCCGCGGUGCCCCGGCCUAGUUCUAGCGUACUUCUGAUAUCCCCAAAGAAUGAAAUCCUUCUUCUUCAUCGCGUGAAGACCUCUACGUCGUUUGCCUCUGCGCAUGUCUUUCCAGGUGGCAACCUAUCCAGCCAAGACGGGGAAUGCCCACCACCCGAAGACCUAGCACGGCAUGAAGAUUCCCCUAGUUACCGACGUGCAGCGAUAAGGGAACUCUUCGAAGAGAGUGGAAUCCUUCUAGCUAAAGACCGGAACUCCGGGAAGAUGCUUGCCGUCGACGAGCCUAUCCGAGAGGCAGGCAGACGGCUCAUUCAUCAGAACAAGACCACCUUUGAUGAAUGGCUGAAGCAGCAAAGUGCUGAUGCGGAGCCCGAUAUAGGCCAAUUAAUUCCCUUUACUCGCUGGGUUACGCCAACAAAUGCCCCCAAGCGAUACACCACUCAGAUGUAUCUGUAUUUCUUGCCUUUGCCCAUCAACGUGGAUAAGAAGCUUCUCGACCAACUCCCAUCAGAGGGAGAGCACGAGGAGCACCAGAUUCCCACGAGCGAUGGGGGAAUCGAGGUUACGGAGGCACAGUUUCUUCCAGCCUCAGAGUGGGUUAGUCGUGCCCAAAAGGCAGAAAUUAUUCUAUUCCCACCACAGUUCCUUCUUUUGCAUUUGGUGUCGGGAUUCCUGGACAGGGAGCCUCGUGCAGAUGCUUCCGUGGAAGAGAUGGAGAAGCGUCGUCAAGCGCUUGUUAAGUUUGUUCAUUCGGGUUCUCCCCCAUGGACAGAAAAAUGCAUAUCUCCAAAAAUGCUUCUUAUGACCAGCGAUGGGCGAUCUGUGUUAGGACUGAAUGAUCCCGGACCUGAGCUGAAAGGGUCUUCCAAGCGAGAAAAACCCUCCACCUCCAACCUCACCGUCGCCCGUCAAAACCUCAACACCAAACCCGCCAAAAUGGAGAACGACAAGGGAGAGAUCGUCGAUCUCUACGUGCCCCGCAAGUGCAGCGCCACCAACCGCAUCAUCAAGGCCAACGACCACGCCUCCGUCCAGCUCUCCGUCGGCAAGGUUGACGAGAACGGCCGCUACACCGGCGAGAACCAGACCUACGCUCUUUGCGGCUUCAUCCGUGCCCGCGGCGAGAGCGAUGACUCCUUCAACCGCCUCACCCAGCGUGAUGGAUACCUCAAGAACGUCUGGGCCGCCUCCAGCCAGCGCUAA